GACGCCUGUGUGCAUUUACGGUGGGGGUGUGGCCCAGCCGGGGUAUAGCCAGACUGCGCGGCCGGACGCCGGCGCCAUGGAGGAGUACGCUCGGGAGCCUUGCCCAUGGCGAAUUGUGGAUGAUUGCGGUGGCGCCUUCACUAUGGGUGUUAUCGGCGGUGGAGUCUUCCAGGCCAUUAAGGGCUUCCGCAAUGCCCCUGUCGGAAUUCGGCACCGAAUGAGAGGCAGUGUCAACGCUGUGAGGAUCCGAGCCCCUCAGAUUGGAGGUAGCUUCGCAGUGUGGGGGGGCCUGUUCUCCACCAUCGACUGCGGUCUGGUGCGGCUGCGGGGCAAGGAAGAUCCCUGGAAAUCCAUCACCAGUGGAGAACUGACCGGGGCUGUGCUGGCUGCCUGCAGUGGCCCAUUGGCCAUGGUGGGCUCAGCAAUGAUGGGAGGCAUUCUGUUGGCCCUCAUCGAGGGUGUUGGCAUCCUCCUCACUCGUUACACCGCCCAGCAGUUCCGCAAUGCACCCCCAUUCCUGGAGGACCCCAGCCAGCUGCCCCCUAAGGAGGGUACCCCGGCCCCAGGCUACCCCAGCUAUCAGCAGUACCACUGAGGAAGUGACCGCCUGUCAUCGCCACCGUGGGAGCUCCUCCUCGGUUCCCUGCGCGAUGAUCUACCUCGAAGGGAGGGCUGGCUCCCAGUUGGCCCUGGGACCCUCCAGAGAGGGCCUCUACUCUGUUCCCUUAUCCCAGGUUGGGGGUGGGGUACCCCAGCUGCCCUGAUGGAUGGGUCCCUUCUCUCUCAGGCACCCCAGCCCCCACUCAUAUGUAACAAGCUCUCACCCCAGUCCCUUUGCAUGGUGCCCUGAUCAGUAUUUAAAGUCAGUUUUGAAA